GCGCCGGUUAACGCCAUUUUCACGCUCCGAGCGGUCACUCAUCGUCUCGCGGGGCUGUCAUCUGCAGCACCGAUUCAUUUGUGCAAGUCUGUCACGUGACGCCUCGGUCUGGGCAGUGACGCGGAGCUGCUGUUGGUAUGGAACAGGACAGGAUAUUCACCUGAGCGGCUCCGGUUGGACUCAAUGUUUUGACGUAGGGCUGCUAGGUGCUAGCAUGUAGCUAACCGGACUGUAGCAUUUGAUGCAGUAGGGUCCAGCUAACCAAAAACACCCAACCCCUGGACGAGGCACUGGUUGGAAUUUCUGCUUCUUCCUUCUUAAUAUUUUUCACAACCGUAAGUUGUUGGUGACGGAAAAGGGGGGACAGCUCGGGGGAAACGAGAAGGGCAAAUUGGAACGAUUCAGUGGAGCUCCACUGGCAACGAAUGUCCCACAGAACGGAUGCGUGAGGACAUGUCCACCAUGGUGUGCGUGAAAGAGGAGGAGGACCCGGGGGAGAAACUGUCUCAGGAUGAGAUCAUCUCCCGGACCAAGCAGGUGAUGCAGGGCCUGGAAGCCCUGAAGCAGGAGCACCAUUCCAUCCUGGAGGGCCUGCUGGGCACGCUGCGCUGCCUGAAGCAGGACGAAGAGGGAGUCCUGGUGGAGGAGAAGUCGCACAUGAUCCGGAAGUCCCUGGAGAUGCUGGAGCUCGGUCUCAGUGAAGCUCAGGUGAUGAUGGCGCUGUCCAGCCACCUAAGCUCCGUUGAGUCAGAGAAGCAAAAACUGCGGGCGCAGGUACGCAGGCUGUGCCAGGAGAACCAGUGGCUGAGGGACGAGCUGGCGGGAACGCAGCAGAAACUGCAGAAGAGCGAGCAGAGCGUAGCGCAGCUGGAGGAGGAGAAGAAGCACUUAGAGUUCAUGAACCAGCUGAAAAAGUAUGACGAGGACCUGUCCCCCUCGGAAGAGAAGGAGUGUGACUCCAGUAAAGAGACUUUGGAUGACCUCUUCCCAGAUGACCAGGAUGACCAGGCUCCAGGCAUGCAGCCAGCUCAUGGGAGCGCAGCGGCUGCAGCUGCCCAGCAGGGUGGCUAUGAGAUCCCAGCCCGCCUCAGGACCCUCCACAACCUGGUGAUCCAGUACGCGUCCCAGGGCAGGUACGAGGUGGCCGUGCCGCUCUGCAAGCAGGCACUGGAAGACCUGGAGAAAACCUCUGGACACGAUCACCCAGACGUAGCCACCAUGCUUAACAUCCUGGCACUUGUAUAUAGGGAUCAGAACAAAUACAAGGAAGCAGCCAACCUGCUAAACGAUGCUCUGGCCAUCAGAGAGAAAACUCUUGGCAGAGACCAUCCAGCUGUGGCAGCUACCCUCAAUAACCUGGCUGUCUUAUAUGGGAAGAGAGGGAAGUACAAAGAGGCAGAACCUCUCUGCAAGAGGGCGCUGGAGAUCAGAGAAAAGGUGUUGGGCAAGGACCACCCAGAUGUGGCCAAGCAGCUGAACAACCUCGCCCUGCUGUGCCAGAACCAGGGCAAGUAUGAGGAGGUGGAGUAUUACUACAUGAGAGCUCUGGAGAUCUACCAGACCAAACUGGGACCAGAUGACCCCAAUGUGGCCAAAACCAAGAACAACCUGGCUUCCUGUUACCUAAAGCAGGGCAAAUUCAAGCAGGCUGAGACUCUGUACAAAGAAAUCCUCACCCGCGCGCAUGAGAGGGAGUUUGGCUCUGUUGAUGAUGAGAACAAACCAAUCUGGAUGCAUGCUGAAGAGAGAGAGGAACAAAGCAAGGGGAAACUGAAGGAUGGUUCACAAUUUGGAGAAUAUGGAGGCUGGUACAAAGCAUGUAAAGUUGACAGCCCCACGGUGACCACAACCCUGAAGAACCUGGGAGCUCUGUACAGGCGGCAGGGCAAGUUUGAGGCAGCUGAGACUCUGGAGGAGGCAGCCAUGCGAUCCAGAAAGCAGGGUCUGGACAACGUGCACAAGCAACGCGUUGCCGAGGUUCUCAGUGAACCAGAGGCCGGCGACAAGCAUCGCAGCCGAGAGAGUCUGACUUCAGACACGGUGAAGUACGAGAGCGGGCCGGACGGUGGCGAGGAAGUGAGUAUGAGCGUGGAGUGGAACGGGGACGGAUCGGGGUCCCUGAAGAGAAGCGGCUCCUUCAGCAAACUACGGGCGUCGCUCCGUCGAAGCAGCGAGAAACUGGUCCGCAAACUCAAAGGGGGCAGUUCGUCACGAGACGGCGAGCACAAAAACCCCGGCAUGAAGCGGGCCAGCUCUCUGGGGGUUCUUAACUUGCCGGACAAGCCUGCCAGAGACCACUACCAAGAACGAAAUCAUCGUUUGAGAAAACAUCACGACCUGAGCGCCAGCCAAACCGACCUGGUGCAUUGAAGGAAGUGAGCUACCACCUCUGACCGCCGGACUGCCUUCACUGUAAAUUUCUGUUUGUAGGAAAGCUUCACGUGUUCGUCGUUCUUCAGCAUCGCAAUGCAAAGUGCUCACUGGACGGCCUCUGAACUCUGACCCCACUGCUGCAGGUUUGAGCUCCCGGCAGGAAGCCUGUGCUCCAGUCACUGCGUGUCAGGAGUGUGAAUGUACAGUGAUCUGCUGCGUGUGUGUGUCUGUGAGAAAACUCGUGUUUCCUGGUUUUAGUGAUAUGGAAAAUAUGAAUUAUGCUGGAGUUCGUUUGAUGGUAGACGGAGGCGCAGGUUUUACUUCACCAAGCCGCGGCUCAAAAUGAGCUCCCCCGUUUCACCCAGAGAAUCUGAAUGACGACUUACCGCUGGGCUGAAAGCUCUGUUUUAUGAAAUUAUGACGUUACAGAAACAGCAAAGCAACUCUGUGGUUUAGCAGCCAUUUUCUACAAAAUACUGUCAGAAAUGAGUCACCUGCCAUCAAAACCAACAACUUUUCUCAUGGGAAAACUAUGUUUGGAUUAUGAUUAUUAUUUUGCACUGUUCUGUUCUAAAAAUAUCCCUAAAUUGAAUAAUUAAUGAACCUUAAAGGGGCAGUAUUAUAUAUUUUCCAGGCACACAGUGGUAUAUAUAACAAAUAUGACUAAAGAAAUUUGACUGUAUUUAACGUCUUGAAAUUGGGCCUCUGUCUCUUUAAAUACUCCUGCUUGUUCUGAAACUCUGCCUUCAGGGAAGCAUCACAACAUUGCUCCUUUAGCAACAUCUUUACCAGUGUUGCACUGAGGAGUAAGUCCUAUAACAAGUUCAGCAGAGGCUCAGCUCCACCAGCUGUUUGCUAAUUUACUCUGGCUAGUCUGAAGGAGCUGAGUGGAGGGCUGAAAGCUUUACAACUGCAGCUCUGAAGAGGAGCUCUGUCCUCGAAGGCAGAGCUAGGUCCACCAAGCUGUUUUUGCAUAGCUGCAUGGAUGCCAUGGAGAUUAAAGAAUUUCUUAAGCUUGCAUAAAAGUACCAAAGCAAUGAUGAGGGAAUAACAUUAUAAAAGCAUAAAAAAGUAUUUUUUACAGAAUACUGCCCCUUUAUAUCCUGAAUAUAUUCAGAAUUUGUUUUUUAAAGUCAGGUUUUGUUGAAAUGCUAUAAGCAGUUAGCAUUUGUUUUCUUUUACGGGUCAGUCUUGGCAUUGCUGGCAUACCAUAUAGAGAAGCUGUUUUGCCUGCAUGUUUCCAGGACAUAUUUGCUCUACAAAACGGAGAUGUAAAUUCUGAUGGCGUUUAUUAAAUCAAGACUCCAUCUUGUAACAGAGGAGGCCGAAGGAACAGCAGCCUGGUUCUUUGACCUGAAAGCGAUGUGUUUGUGUCGGUGCGUGGGUGUUUAACGUGGGUGGUGUUCAGAGCUAAGUGGUUGGUGUUGGAGUAGGUUUGACCCCUGGGGGUGCACAGAUGUUCGUUAGACCCCAGGUCAUCCCCACACCUCCAUUCCUCCAAAAUAACAGUCUUAAUCUAAUGUCUGUUUUGGUGUUUGGUGGAGAUGUUAACUUCAGUCUGUGGGAUCUAAGCUGGGUUUAUGCUAAAUCAAAACAGCAACAGAGUUAUGCUUAAGCCCGAAAUUAUUCACACCCCCUUUCGAUUUAGUUUCGAAGCAGUCUUUACAUUUUCCCCUCAAAUAUUGAUGUUUUGGAGUCCCAGCUUAAAACAUUCAGUUUGCAGUGUAACACUUGCUAACUUUUACAGAUUGCUGCAACAUCAAUCAAGGUUUUUCCAUUCAGUGUUGCAAUGGAUUGCCUAAUUUUUUUACAAAUAAUUUUAAAUAAAAUAUGUGAAAAUAUGUAUAUACAUCUAUAUAUUUCAGAAUCAAUACCCAUUCUAAAUAGUUUUACCUAUUUGGAGAUUGUAAUCUCAUUUCACAUCAGGAAAAAAACAAAAAAACAGUUUUAACUCAGACUGUGCCAGUUGUAUUGAUGAGUUUGGGCUGAAUCAUAACUACUGCAGGUAAGAUAUGAACUACUUACAAGCUUUUAGUAGGACCCUGUUUUAAAAAAAGCAAAUAUUUGUUCAGUCAGGUUUUAAUGUUACUCUGGUGUCCAUAGAAACACGAUCGCUCCAGAAUAGCUGAAGAUUUUUAUGAACUUAAAAUUUUUAAAUCUUAACAAACCAGUUGAGUGACGCAAGACCUGGACAUGAAACCCGACAAAUGUCCAAAGCUUGUCUGAUAAAAUCUCUGCAUUAGAAGAUGUCUGCCUUCCCUGUGCAAACAGGGAGAAAAGCGACGAAGAAGAGCGUGAUGUUCUUGUUUCGAGUGUCUAAGUUUUAACGCUUGGUCCUCAUUUAGCUCUCAGGUCUGAUUUGAGUUUAUGAAGGGACAGAAAAUCCACUUGUAUUUGAAGGACAUAAGUUGACACUUGACUGGCCUCAUCUCAGCUGCUUCCUCUUUAAAACGUUCUGUUCUGUGUUGAUUGAAGUUUUAGCUUCUGAUAUCUGAAGUCCUGUGUUUACAUUUUUCUCAAUGCUGUUUUAUGUGUAUUUAUCCAUGCUGUGUUCUGGAAAAUCCUUAUGUUUAUGCACAAAAUAAAAAAAAUAAAAAACACUUCAUAUUUAUUCACGCUGUCACCUGGAACUGAAUCAACUGGAACGUGACAGUAGAGGCUGAUUUGACACAAUUUGAAAUUAUUCACCAGUUUUUACAACAUUACCAGUAGAAAGAUCUCCAGUUGUUCUCAAUGUUUGAUCCGGACAAGACUUUACUUGAGUGAAGUGCAAUUUAUGAAUAAGUUUUAAAGAUGAUUCAGAUUGUAAAUGCAAGAUUUCAGCGUGUGUUCUGAUGCUUUUAUUCCAAGAGGUUUAUAGGAAGAAACUGUUCCAGUGAUGUGUGUUAUGCUUCUCUGCUCUGCUUUAAUUGAUUCAAGCUACCUAUACAAUUCUAAUUUAAUGUGUAAAGAUCAUUUUUGAACCAAAGCUGUAAGAUUUAACCUUUGAUUAAACGUUCCAGCCUCCCUGA